AUGGGAUUGAGCCAAAGACGGAAUGACGUUUGUGUAAACCCCAGAGUCGCCAUCAAUAUGUUAUCCCGCCGCGCCCUCACAGUUCUCGCCCUCGUUUCCGUCACCGCCGUCAUCUUCCUCAUCUCCUCGAGGAGACUCGGCGGCGACUGGGCUAUCGAAGGCCCCAACUACCACCCCUUCAAAGGCCACAACCCGCCUCCGCCUCCCGGCAGCUCACCCAGUGCCGGCCCCGAUGGCCGUCCUCAGCCUCCCUCGCCGCCCCCGACCUACCAAGAUGACCACUUCGCGCAGCACAACGUAUCGAACCAAGACAUUCCGUACCGCCCUCACGACCCCGUCUGCGACACCUUCCCCGAUACGAGCAACAUCCUCGUCGUCAUGAAGACGGGCGCCACUGAGUCCUUCGACAAGGUGCCCACACAGCUCAUGACCAUGCUCAAGUGUCUGCCCGAAUUCCUCAUCUUCUCCGAUCUCGACCAGACCGUCGCAAACUAUCACAUUCGGGACAGUCUCGACAAGGUCCUUCCCGAGGCCAUGGAAGGUAACCAGGACUUUGACUUAUAUCGCCGUCAAAAGGCUUGCCAGGCCGAUCAGCAGAGCUGCAACAAGCUGGCUGUAAGCAAGGACGAGGGCUGGAAUCUCGACAAGUACAAGAAUGUCCACAUCGCGGAGAAGACCUACCGUAUGCGCCCCAACUACGACUGGUACAUUUACAUCGACGCCGAUACCUACGUGCUGUGGCCCACGCUUGUUCAGUGGCUCAAGAACCUAAAUCCCAAAAACAAGCACUAUCUGGGUAGCGUUACCAUGAUUCGCAACUUUGUCUUCGGCCAUGGCGGCAGUGGCUACAUUAUUUCCCAGGCGGCUAUGCACGACAUGAUCGCGGAUCAUGAGGAUGUCGGCAACAAGUGGGAUGUUCGUGCGAGCAAGGAAUGCUGCGGCGACUACAUCUUUGCCCUUGCCAUGAAGGACAAUGCCGACGUGAACGUCCACAACGUAUGGCCCACGAUCAACGGCGAGAAGCCCUUCACCCUUCCCUAUGGCCCUACCCACUGGUGCCACCCCAUCGUGACGAUGCAUCAUAUGAAUGCCGAGGAGAUCUCAACCUUUUGGGAAUACGAGCACAAGCGCUACGCCGAUCCGAGUCUGCCCCAGCCGCCCCCCGUCAUGCGCAUCAAGGAUAUUUACCACGAAUUCUUUGCGCCCCGUAUGCAACCCGAGCGCGCCGACUGGGACAACCUUGCCGAUGAUCAGUUCUUCCUCGAUGAAUCAGCGAACAAGCAUCAGGAUUGGCAACUCAACCGAGCCAAAAAGGAGGACUUGACAAACGAGGAGAAGGUGGCGCACCUUUCCUUUGGGCACUGCCGCAAGGCCUGCGAGACCGACAAGUCCUGCUUCUCGUUUCAAUACAAGGACGGCGUCUGUGGUUUCAGUUGGGCGUGGAAGCUUGGCCACCCCGUCAAGCGUGAGUCCACGGACGAGAAGCGCACCAUGUCCGGCUGGGCCGUAGAGAAGAUCAACACCUGGAUCGAGCAACAGGGCGAGUGCGGCCCGGUGAAGUGGCCCGAUGUCUGA